ACUGAUUAUAAUGUUGAUGAAGGUCAGUAUCAGUAGAUUAUGAAAUUAAUGAAAUUGAUUAAGUUUUCAAAAUUGGCAGAAUACCCUUGGCUAUGUCCUUCGUGUCGCAGCUAUUAAUAUUUUAUUUUUUUUAUCGAACUAAAAAGUGAUUCAAUAUAUUUCAACAUGACAGUAAUAUUUUCAAAAAUUGUGGCUCUCACCAGACAUUACCCUGUAGUGAGAGGGAUGAUUUCCUAUGGAAUGAUAUGGCCAACUUCUUGUAUUAUUCAACAAACUAUCGCAGGUAAAACUUUGGAAAAUUAUGACUGGAUGCAGGCGUUACGAUACAGUUUGUAUGGAUGUUUUAUUACUGCUCCUACACUUUAUGCUUGGAUCAGAAUAUCUUCAGUUCUAUGGCCAGGUACAAAUUUGAAGACCUCCAUCACAAAAGUGAGUUUUGAUAAACGUAAAUUUCUGAAUUUCAGACAGCUUACACACAAAUGCAAUGCGAAGGACUCAUGCAAUUAUAUUGCGUUUGGGUCACCUUUUAUGCAACACUCUUCAUUUCGAACUCUUCCCGUUAUUUCAGAGCAAAUGCUCCAUAUGCAUUUCGAUUUAUUAUCAGAAUGGGUGGGAGCUUGUGUUUGGCCAGUUGUUCAAACAAUAAAUUUCUGUUAUAUACCUGAGAAAAACAGAGUACCCUUUGUAAGUGUCUGCAGCCUAGUAUGGUGUUGUUUUUUAGCAUAUAUGCAUCAAUUAGAAAUUGAACACAAAGAGUUGGAGCUCACAAAGUCUUUGAAGAAUUGAUGUAGGUACACUAUAGGACAAUUUAGUUGAAUUGAUAAAUAUAAAUUUCAUCUAGAAAAAUUUAUGUAAAUUUGUACAUUCAUAUUUUGGAAAUUGUGAUGUUAUUUAUUUUUUAAAUGAAUAAAAUAUUUGGUUUUAUUUUUCAUUCAAUUCAAGAAUCUUGCUUCAAUUCCACUCAUGAUAUGAAUUUUCAUAUAAAAAAUAUCGGCGACAAAACCAACGCUGUUUCGACUCUUGCUAGUUCUCGAUAUAUGACAACUUGAUGUCACUUCACUCUGUCAAUCAAAUCAAAAAUAUUUAUGUGAAGUGUCAGUUUGAAGUUCUAUGACUAUAUUUCCAAUACUUU